UUAACCACUUCCAGUGCGGACACUUUUACCCCCUUCCUGUCCAGCCCAAUUUUCAGCUUUCAGUGCUAUAGCACUUUGAAUGACAAUUGUGAGAUCAUGCAACACUGUACCCAUAUGAAUUUUUUUAUUUUGGUGGUAUUUAUCAACCACUGGGAUUUUUAUUUUUUUGCUAUUUUGAAAAAAAGUGUUUUUCCUAUAAAAUUUUGCAAAUAAAUAAUCUUUCUUCAUAAAUCUUGGCCAAAAUGUAUUCAGCUAUCCUUUUAGUAAAAAAAAAAAUAAAAUAACUAAAAUUAGUUUAUAACCAAAAAUUAUAA